GCAGUUCCCUAUAAAUGUGUUAUUUUUUGUUUAUUUUAAUUGAAGUGAACGAAUUUUAAGUAUACCAUAGAUAGUUAGGCGUCUAGCAACGCAAAAACCUCGAUUUAUGAUGGGUUCCAGAGAUAAAUCAAAGUUUAAAAAUUUUCUUAAGAACACAAAAUCACCAGGAAACUCUGGUGAGCGAACAUUGCGACCAGAGUUUGAGCUCGAGCUGAAACCAGAGCAGCCCAUUGCACAGCGCUGCAAAAUGCUAAAAGAAUUGGGUGAUUUGCAUUUGCAGAACAUUAAUUUGGAUGAAACCUCCAUAACCAAUUUGUGGCAACUAACCAACGAUCUCAUCGUGCCCAACAAGCCGGCAGAAACACGCCAAAUCACCUUGAGCUUCUAUAAGCGUCUAAUUUUCACGCAAUACAAAAACCUGACGAUAAUGCGUGAAAAGUUUUUCCUUGUGAUACAGAAUCAUGAGGCGCACGAGGAUCUCCCGCAUCUCCUGGAGCUGCUCGAUACCCUCACAGAAAACGGCAAAGAUAUUACCAAUUUCGAAGAGAAGAUUGGUAAAUUUAUGCUGCAUUGGAUACCAGCUAUCACAGAUGCCGAUUUAUUGCGUCCCUAUCUACAGAUGAUGAUUAAUCUCAUUAAGUUCAAUGCAGCCCACCUGGACAAAGAUGUGCUCGUUGGAAUAGUGCAAAAUGCCUGCGAGCUGAGCUGCACGGUGCCCAACGAUGACAUUGGACUACAAUGCCUGACCGUCUUGGAGAUGGUCAUCGGCUAUACCAUUUUCCCCAGCGAGCCGUUGCAUCUGUGCAUCGUCACACUGUGCCGCACAGUGAACAGCAAUCACUAUUGCCAGGCUUCGUAUAAGAUCAUGAAGAACUUGCUGGGCACUCAGCUGGGCUAUCACUCCAUGAAGAUAAUGUGCAACAUACUCAACGACAAGGGACAGUAUGAGGAUGCCCAGCUGUUGCGAGGCGCCGUAUUUCAUCUCAACAUGAACAUUUUCGGCUCGAACGUCAUUUUUCAGGUCUCAUCGAUGAUUUACGCCACCAACGUAUUAAUGGGCUUUCGAAAUGCUCUGGAUAGCAAUGAGGUGAUCGUGACCUAUGAGGUAAUACUCAGUGUGCGCAUGGUGAUCAACAAAUACAGACACGAACUCUCCGAGAUAAUAUGGGAUCUGAUCUGCGACAUUAUGUCGGCGAUUGUCGACAACAUCGAGGAGUAUGAGCGCUCGGGCGUUAACAAGGAUCGAUUGCACCACUUACAAAUCAAUUUCCACGAGAACAUCGACUGCAUUGAGAAACUGUUGAAAAACGAUCGCACACAAAUACUUUGCAAUGUGGAUCGCAUUUACGAUCUGAUCGAACGGGUCGCUGAUCGGCGACCUGAGGCCUCUGUCCUAAACCUAAUCGACUAUCGAACGCAACGGGUGUCCGCAACGCGACCCGAGUGGCUUACGUGCUUGUCCCAGUUUGUGCAUCGCUAUUACCGCAUGUCUAACGUGAAUGUGCGCAAGAAGAUCAUCCAUUCGCUCGAGCAGAUUAUGAACCAGAAUCGAUACAGCUAUGAGGAGGAGAUACUCGAUCGGGUGGUUGUGCCACAGCUGGCGCAGAUCUACCAGGAGCCGAGCGUACAAGUGCGCGAGGCAGUGGCUUCUGCUCUCUCUAACUUUGCGAUUCAUUGUGAUACGAAGCGUUGCCUGGAGCUGUUGGACAUAUUGGAGGCGCUCAUCAAUCGCCCCUUCGAACAGAUGCGUCAAGUUGCGGCUGAGGCCGGCCCAGCGGAGGCGGGCAGCAGCAUUGUCAUAAAAGCUAAGACGGAGAUCGAGGAUAUAUCCGCUGCUGUCGAUGGGCUUGUUAAGGUGUUUACCAUUAAGCUGCAUCGCCAGCCGGCCACACAUGCCAUUAAGAUAUUUAAUAUAUUGAUGGAUCAUCUAGAGCUGCACUACGAUCGGCCAAAGGUCUUCGAGCAGGCAAGCAGUGUGCGGCAUGAGAUAUUCGAAUGGCUGCUCAAGAUUCGCGCGAAUGCCUCCUAUCACAUUGGAUAUCCUAAAAACGGCACGGAAGCCUUAAAGUUUAGCCACUAUUUGGGCAUCGAGCUGCCACUGUCAGCGCAAGCACCAACGCAAACAGCAUCAGUUUCUAUGCGACGCGCCUGUAAUCUGAUUGUCCGCUGUCUAGAGCACGAGUCCAAUCUCAAAGUGUUUGAGUUGGUUAUAACGAAGCUGCCCACAGUGCUGCAGAAUAAGGCCCUUCUGCAAGGCAGCGACAUAGAGAAGCUAGCCAACGCAUUGCUCAAAAUCAACUCGGUUACCAACAACAAGUUCAAAUUAUCCGCCAACGAAUUCCACCGCCUUGUGGUGCCGGCAAUCGCAUCGCUAGUUAUCUAUCACGAGUGCCUACUGCCACCGCAGCAAAACAGCAUCAUUACAUCCCUCUACCUCCUCAUACCGGCAGGCAUUGCCGAUGUCUGCAUCAAUACAAUGGCCAUUCUCAUCUUGGAGAUGCCCGACGCCCUGAUGCGUAAGCUGCCAGAUAUUUUGUGGCAAAUAAGCAAAUUGUCCGACAGAACUGCGGUGGCCCUGCCAGUUCUGGAAUUUCUAUCCCUUUUGACCCAUCUGCCGAACCAUCUGGUCUCCAACUUUACGCUCAUGCAAAAUAUGUAUGUGUUUGCCAUAUCGCUGCCAUACACAAAGCCUCAUCGAUACGACCACUAUACCGUAUUAUUGGCUCACCAUGUGAUAGCGGGCUGGUUUCUGAAGAUCAAGCUGGAGCAGCGCAAGAAUUGCGUAAGCUAUAUCAGAUCGUCCAUGCAGUCGAAUGCCAAGAUGCUUCACGAUGACAUAGCCAACAUUAACUCGUUGCACGUGAAUGAAGAUUCCUCCAGUCGUAAGCGCAGCACGAGUCUUACGGAACGCGGCAGUAGGAAUAGCGCAAUGACCCGCAAUGAUGCAGGUAUGCGUCCGACGAUGGACAAUACGCUGCGUAACUUUCAUGCGGACUUGGUUGAGACGUGUUUUGAUUUUCUGGAGCGUCAUACAUUCUCGCCGUGCCCCUCCCUACCCAAGCGCUUGCCGGCUAUUGACUAUUUGCUAAAAGAUGGCGUCUCCCAAACAUGGCUGGUGGGUCAUAAUUUGAUCACAAUUACCACAUCAGGCUGUCCAUCGGGACCGACACGCAACGGCCUCUGCGAGCGUUGCGCGCAAAUGGGUAAGGCGCCMAGCAUUAGUCUGAACUCGAAGGGUCUCAGUGAUGCAGUGCAGCCGCCUUCGUCGCCGGAGCGCGAACGGCGCUACACAAAAAUGACCUUUCAGCAUAGCAGCGUGAAUGAGAGCGCCGGCAGCACGGAGCACACUUCGUCAUCAUCUACAUCGAAUUCGGAGGCAACCGCACAUCCGCAUCGGCAGAUAUCGAACAGUUCAACGAUCUCGUUAGACACGUACUCGCGACGCGGGUCCAAUCCAGAGGCUUCUGGGGGCCUAGUUGAGGGCUCUCACACAGGUAGCAAUACUUCGCUUUUGGGCAAUUCGCUCUCGUUGUCAACGGCUAGCGUUGGUCCUUCCACGCGACCGGGUCCAGCAGUGCAGCAACCGGUUUGCGUGCGUGCCUGCACCAGCUGGGCCGAAAUCUUCAUAAGACGUCCUACGGGCAAUGUCUCAUGGAUAACUCGCAUUGAGAAUCCCAUUGCCAACGACUGUUUUGGUCAGGAUUUGCCCUUCAAUAGCGUCGUUUCACUGUUCCUGCCCACUGCCUUUGGCGGCGUUUUUGGGCCAGACAACCCAAUGCAGGAGCUAGUGCAGCAGCAACGGCAGGAGCAACAGCAACAGCAAACGCAACACCAAACUCAGGCAGCACAAGAGGCCGAUCUCGAGAUGGAGCAAGAACUACAACCAGUACCAGGACCUGAACCAGAACCAGAGCCUGUACCAGAACCUGUACCAGUACCAGUACCUGUACUAAAACAAGUACCAGAACCCGCACCAGAAGCAGAAUCAGAACUUGCACCAGCGACAGUGGCGCAAAACGCCGAAAUUCGCAGCCGAAUGGUGGCUAAGGCGCGGGCACUGUAUCGCCAGGAGGAGGUCUACUCCGUGAGCAGUGCCGGCGGCGGAGGCAACGGCGGCACAGCUGCCAUUGAUAUUCCACGCCUGGCCGCCUGCGUCAAGAGGGGCAAAGAUGCAGUACUCAGUGGCAGCGUCAGCGAUGGUGAAGCCGACGAUGAUGCUUUGGCAUUUGGUGAUGGCCAGAGUCGAGUACGAAAUCCGGUGCGGCGGGUCAACUCUAGUCCAGAAAUGACCUCUAGCUGGCGCCAGGCAUUCCUGGCCUCAAAACCAGCACCCCUUUCCCAAGAGCGAGAUGCCGUCAAGGCGGCCUUCGAAGAACACCAGCUGCCGUCGAAGAAGAAGAGCGUACAGUACAGCACCAAAGACAUGCGGGUCAGCUGCGAAGCUAUACCCGAGGAGAUAGCUGGUUCAACGCCGCCUCAGGCUGCCCAAGUUGUGAAGGGUCCAUUGCAACCAGGAGCUGGCACAUUGCCGCCCAAGCAACACUCAGCCGACGAUGUUAACAGCCAGGCGUCAGAGGGCGGAGCUCAGCCGGGCACGGUGCAGACCUCUGCGUCAGCAUCCUCUCUGAAGCAGGGUGCUGUGGGUAAGCCACCCUUAUCACCGGGUCAAGUGCAGACAGCUAUUACACCCAAACAGUCGCCCACUCCAGCUGGCCCCGGUCUCGGUCUAGCCAAGUCCAAUAGCAGCGGCUAUAGCAGUAAAAAUUGCGGCCCCGAUUAUAAUAAUGGCGGUGGUGACGUAAUGCGCGGUCGCUCUAAAACGAUUUCGACAGUGCGGGAGGUGAACAACGGUAAAGCGCGAUCCCCGUCACCCGAAGCUUUCAGAAGCUUUGGUGCCACCAAGCCGCCGAUCAGCGCCAAGCUGUGCAUGAAUCCCAGCUUUGUUUUCCUGCAGCUUUACGGCACUGGUGAGCAGGCGGUGACGGAGACACCGCUUAAAGUGGGGCCGGAUCAGCCUACCGUAUUGAGACUGCUCGAUCUUGUACCACCUUUUGAGACGCAUAAGAUCGGAGUUUUGUAUGUUGGCCCAAAUCAGUGUAACAAUGCUGUAGAAAUUUUGCGUAACUCCCAUGGCAGCACCCGUUACGUUGAAUUUGUGCGCAACAUUGGAACAUUGGUUAGCCUCAAGGACGCCGAGCAGAAUAACCUGUUUAUUCAUCUGGACAAAAGUGGGGCAGAUGGAAAAUUCGCUUACAUCUGGAAGGAUGAUAUAAUGCAGGUUACUUUUCAUGUGGCUACUCUUAUGCCUACAAAUCUGCAGGACGAUCCCAACUGCACGGAGAAGAAAAAGCAUAUUGGCAAUGACUAUGUCAAGAUCAUUUACAACGAAAGUGGAGAGAAAUAUGACAGGAAUACGAUAUCAGGCCAGUUUAACCACGCCUGUGUAAUUGUGGAGCCGCUGGAGCUAAAUUCGAAUCGUAUCUAUGUGGACGCACGCGAAGAGAUGACUAAUUACGUUUGCCAUCCAAAGGAGCGAAUAGUCUCCGAUCGCAGUGCUCCCUUGCUAGCCCGACAGAUGGCGCUGCACGCAAAUUUGGCCUCACUGGUCUAUGAAAAUAUGGCGAAAAAAAGUCUGUAUGCAUCCAACUGGAUUGAGAGAUUGCGGAAAAUCAACCGUUUGCGUGAUAAGCUAAUUGAUAAAAGAAUUGAGCAAAGCAAGAAAGAUAAAAAUGGCAGCGCAUCCAGCGGCAUCGGCAACGCCUCCUCAUCGGCAGGGACCACAGAUUCAGAUGACAAAGGAGCAUGUUUCACCAAAUAUACAUAGGCACUGGACAAAUAUGAACACA